AUGGAGGUGGGUGGCGGGGGGCAGCGCGCCGGCCCCCCCCCGCCAGGACCCCUGCGCCCCCCUGCGGCUGGCCGCGGCGGCCGCCUGGCAAGUGGUGCGGGCGCGGCAGGUGAUCAUGGGGAUGCUGCAGGAGGAGCAGCCGGACGGGAAGAUCUACCAGGCCGUGGACACCUACUUCCCCGAGGGCGAGCACCAGCGCCACCCACUGGCCACCCCCCGGGACCUACGCCUGGUGGGAGAAGCCCAGGAGACCUUCCGGGAGCUGGUGCUGGGGCUGCUGAGCGACCGGCAGCGUCGGGAGACCUACGUGGAGGAACAGCUGGAGGCCGAAUACGGGGAGCCCUUCCUGGGGGGGCUGGAGGGGCUGCUCUACGAGUAUCUGGUGCGCCUGGAGAGCUCCCUGUCCCCGCCCCAGCUCCAGCAGCUGCAGGAGGUUGCCUGGAGCGAGUGCCCCCUGGCUGGGUCCCCCCAGCGUCCCCCACAGCUCGGCGUCCUGGCCCAGUACCUCACCGACAUGGGCCACCACCAGCCCACGGGCGUGGUGACCAGCACGCCCUCCCUGCCCCAGCCGGGGGCGGAGCAGCCACUGCCCAGGACGCCGGGGUCCCACCAGAGGCAGAGCCAAGAGGGGGCGGCGCCCACGCAGGAAGAGCUGCCCCCCGACCUUGGCCUGCACUGCCAGCCGCCCGGAGAGCAGGACCUGGACACAAGCAGGGACAUCGUGUGGGAGUCGGAAGAGGAGGAGAGCUGCUGCCCCCGCAGGAAGGCCAGCUACCAGCGCACGCGGCACAACACCCUGAUCCCCACUUUCUCCGACCACCUGGACCCCCAGCAGGUGCCCUGGCUGCUGCGCUCCCGGGACCCUGCCCCCUCUAGGGGGGGCAGCUCCCCCACCCCACGGCACAGAUGCGUCAGCCUCCGGAGGGUGCCCCACAAAGCCUCUUAUUGGUGACACCAAAUAAAUAUGGCACAUGAUUCAGCCCGGUC